AUGCUUCAUAUUACGUUGCCGCUCUGCAAUGCCCGCAAGUUGGCGUUGCGGUUCUUCCGUGAGGAGCAGCGUAAUAACAGCAGUCUCCACGGACUCUCCGCCGCUCAGAAGAGUAAAAUCAUCAAAAAAAUGUUCCGGCAACUCGGGGCGAGCGAUAUGGAUGCCCUGAAGCGACGGGCCGCCGCGUGGGAGGCGACGCGAUUGGGCCACAGUGCCCCCGUUGAGCCCAAAAGGCGGCGGGAAGUGACACCGUAUGAACUCUUCUUUAAAGAACAGCAGUCCAAUCCGUCUAUUGCGUCUAUUCAAUCGCCCAGCGUGCGGGAGCGGAAACUCUUCGCCAUCUUUAACUCCCUGCCAGAGUCAACAAGAGCAGCACUCGAGCAGCGGGCACGUGAACGCUCAGAAGGAAUUACACUCAGUGGUGGUUCGUCUGCCCUUGUGAAACCCCCACUUCUUGCAAAGACGACAAGAAAACCAAAAACAAAGAAGGUGGUGGUAAAAAAACGAACAUCAAGUAGUCAGGCUAAGGGAUCGUCAAAGAUAAAGGCGAAAAGUAAAGGUGUGACAACCAAAAAGAUUUCAAUUAAAAAGAAGAAGGAUAAUUCUGAAAAGAAGAAAACUUCAAAAAAACAAGAACCAUCUCCCUACGCCGUGUUUGUGAAGGAACAGAUGCCCCAGGUAAAAGAUCUUCCAAUUAAAGAAAGGAUGAAAGUCAUCGCUGAAAAGUGGAAAUCUAUGAAGGAGAAAGUGACAAAAGUUGAAGAAACACCUGUAGAUACUGUAGUUGCUGAAAAACAAGAAAAAUGA